AUUAAGGAUAUAGUCACAAGAUGUCUAUGGUUUCUGCUUCAACAACACUUGUUCCUUCUUCAUCAACCCAUGGUCUUGCCAUCACAUCUGAUUUGCGUCGACAUCUUGCAGAUUAUCAUCCUUCUCUUUGGAACGAUUAUUUCCUUCAAUAUGCUUCCGAAUCUUUGGAAGUUGAUGAGGAAAUGGGGAAACAAGUUGAAACGGUGAAAGAAGAAGUGAGGAAGAUGCUUAUAUCUCCGAUGGAGAAGCCCUUCAUAACCAAACUUGAACUGAUUGAUUCAAUUCAACGUCUGGGAUUGUCGUACCAUUUUGAACAUGAGAUCGAUGGGCUCUUGCACCAAAUUCACAAUGCUUACGUGGAAGACAAUCAAAUCCUAACUCAUACCGAAGAUCUCAACUCUCUUGCUCUACUUUUUAAGCUACUGAGGCAACAAGGAUAUCCCAUUUCACCUGAUGUGUUCAACAAGUUCAAGGAUGAUGAAGGAAACUUUAGUGAAAAGAUGGCAUCAGAUAUCCAAGGAAUGCUGAGUCUGUAUGAAGCUGCAUAUCUCAGUGUUCAUGGAGAGGACAUUUUGGACGAAGCACUUGUUUUCACUUGGAAUCGUCUUCGCUCCAUCACAGUUGAAUCAAACCUUUUUCUUGCAGAAAAACUUCAACAAAGCUUAAAGCAGUGUCCUUACAGGGGAUUGCCAAGGCUUGAGGCAAGAAAGUACAUUUCCAUAUACCACCUUCAUCCUUCCUGUGAUCAAGUUCUUCUGAUGCUGGCAAAAUUAGAUUUCAAUAUGCUCCAAAAACUGCAUCAGAAAGAGUUCGGCAAUAUCUGCAAGUGGUGGAACAAAUUGGAUGUGCCAAGAAAUGUAUCAUACGCGAGAAACAGGAUCGUGGGAUUAUGCUUCUGGGUUCUCACGGUUUAUUUUGAGCCUCAGUACUCUAAAGCUAGAAGGAUGAUGACCAAAGUAAUUGGCCUGUUAUCCAUCAUUGAUGAUACAUACGAUGCCUAUGGAACAAUUGACGAGCUAGAACUCCUCACCGAGGCAAUCCAGAGGUGGGAUAUUUGUUGCUUGAAUGAUCUCCCAGAAUACAUCAAGUUAGUUUACAAGGAAGUGUUGAAUGUUUUCCAAGAAAUAGAUGAAGACAUGAGGAAGGAAGGGAGAUCAUACAGUGUUCCCUAUGCCAAACAUGAGUUUAAAAAGGCUGUGCGAGCCUACAUGACGGAAGCAAGAUGGUUAAAUAAGAACCAUGUUCCGACAACAGAGGAGUACAUCAACGUAUCAACCGUAACAACUUGUUAUCCAGCGCUUUCUACGACUUCUUUUCUGGGCAUGGGAAACAUAGCUUCGGAGGAUAUCUUCAAGUGGGCCCAAACUCACCCUAAAGUCGUCAAAGCUUCUCCAGUUAUUUGCAGACUCAUGGAUGACAUUGUCUCCAGUGAGUUUGAGAAGAGAAGAGGGCACGUUGCGUCACUGACAGAAUGCUACAUGAAGGAACAUGGAGUGUCGAAAGAGGACGCCAUAGAUGAACUAGAGAAGAUGAUUAGGAGUGCAUGGAAGGAUGUGGACCAGGAAUGUCUGAGACCAACUCAAGUGGCAAAGCCCAUUCUGAUGAGAGUUCUCAAUCUUGCUCGAUUCAUGGAUGUCAUUUACAAGGAUGCUGAUAACUUUACGCAUUCUGCAGGAAUCAUGAAGGACUCUAUUCAACUUGUAAUUCUAGACCCUGUGCCAAUUUGAGCAACUUGUUCUUACUUAUUAAUCUUACAUAUCUGGGCAAAAGUAUAUUAUUUUUAAGAUGUACUGGUGUAAGUGUACUUAAACUGUUGAAUAAA